GGACGAUUUGAGCAUAUGAAGCAUUGAUUGCGAGUUGAGGCUGGUGCUUAAAAAGCAACCUGCUCAGCGACUUUACUGCGCUUCACGGACCUACACUAGCAACGUGCACACUCACUGUAGAGAUAUGUAGAACAAUUUGCACUCUUAUUUAAAGUUGUUCCCCCAUUUUGGCUCUCGAUGGGCUUGGUGAUAUGUCCCUGCAUUCUGCUCUAAUUGAAACCACUGCACCUGGGAUUAUGUCAUCUGUGGUGUGUCGUAAAGCGACUAGAAUGACCAUGUUUCUUGAAGAAUAAUGAAGGCGAUCGGUCAAAGCAGUUCAUAGCAGCCAAACGUGAUGGACAAUCGACGGAAGAAAAAGCUGACAUUCUUCACCAUUGGGCUCAUAUUUCUUCUGAGCGGUGUGGAAUAUGCUGUAAUAUUGCCCACAAUAUGGAUGUACUUGCAGACUUUGGAUGCGGCGCCUUACUUUCUGGGCUUGGCCCUGUCUGCAUUCAGCUUGACCGGUCUCCUGUCGGGGCCGCUGUUUGGCCACUGGUCCGACAGAACACGGAUCACCAAGAAAAUAAUUUUGUUUGCCAAUUUUUUUGAGUUAAUUGGUAAUUUCAUGUACUUUAUGGGCUACUCCAAAUGGCUGUUACUGUCAAGCAGACUGGUGGCAGGUAUCGGCACAGGCGCUGGCUCAUCUAUCUUUGGCUUCCUGACCAGAAGCACUGCCCCCGAAGACCGAGCGACUGCGUUCGCUUCUGUCAUGGCAUGUCGACAAGCUGGCCUUCUGAUUGGUCCAGCAUUUAACAUCUUCCUGAGGCUGUGUGAUUUUCACCUGGGUCCUUUCGUGGUCAAUAAAUAUACGGCGCCAGGGUUGUUCAUGUGCCUGCUGUGGAUUCUCAUUCAACUGGCGGUGAUCUUCAUGUACUGGGACCUACCACCUCUAGAGAAGGGGAAUGCCAAGCACAGUCCAAAUGGCCAGAGCGUGGAGGAGGAGGGUGAGCGAAGGCUGGCGGAAGUGGACAAUGAUGAGGAAAGGCCGCUGAUGGGUUCCCAGGAGGUGGAGGGCUCUUACGGCUCAGUCGUGGUAUCCAAACCACCCAGAUUGGAUGCCUCUGCUGCCUCAAAUACCACAUUACCAGAGUCCCAUGAGUCUUCCAGUCCCUUUAAGAAUUUUAGCAUAUCCCGAGAGUUCCUGAGAGAAGAAGUGGUCGUUCUGCUGGCUGCUCAGUUCAUCACCCUCUUCAAUCAGACAGCGCUAGAGACCAUGGUGACCCCGAUGACCCAGAAGUACUUUGGCUACGGGGAGCUGGAGAACAGCGUGAUGUACUGUCUCUGCGGUGUGGAGGUGAUCGCUGGGUUUCUAUUUGUGCGCUGGCUGAGCCAGCGUGUUGCUGAGCGAGUGGUCCUGGCCAUCGGUCUGACCAUCUGCAACGUCUCUGGGGUCUGGUGCCUCAUCUUCCUGGCUAACCCACUAGGUGGUUUCCCAUGGCAGCUGACUGAGUUCGUCAUCGGGGUGUUUCUGCAGGUUUUGGGUUUGCCAUUUGUCGCUGUCGCUCAGGUUUCCCUCUUCUCCAAAGUUACUGCUGAGAAAACACAAGGUUUCAGUCAGGGAGUGCGUCGCUCAGUGGGCGGUCUAGCCACCAUUUUGGGCCCUCUGUGGGCCGGUGGCCUUACAGAGAACAUGUACAUCAUGAUGGGGGUGAUGAUGGCACUGCUGGCGCUUCUAACGGUGAUGCUGGCUUUCUCAUACGAGCGGCUGGUUGCACCUGCUGCAGUGGAGCAAGUGGACGAGUCGGUCAACUGUGGCUAAUCCAGCAGAUGGUCUAUGCAAUGAAAGUGGAUGUAAAAGUGGGAGAUUUCCUGCCCUGCGUCUUACUCUCCCUCCUUACUUUCAGUUUCUGCAUUGGGACCAGCAUGCAGGGUGAUAACACACACACACUGACAGCACACAAAUCACCACCUUCUGAGGGCUUACCUAAAACUUGGACUUGUCAGCUUUGUGUGCAGAGGAUGAUCAAAGCACUGUUCUGGUGUACAGAAUAUGUUCAUUUCCCAUGGAAAUAUGGAAUCCUGCUGACACCGCUAGUGCAAGCUUUGGAUGAAAGCUGUUUCCGGUAUUGUGUGGUCUGCACCGAGUACCGACUACACUUUGGUGCAUCACACAUUCUGCGAUUAAUGAACAUACCAAACAGUUGUGGAUUUAGCUGACCUACUGUAUGUCCUUGAUCUGUAGGAGAAUAAAUGAGCUGUUCAGCCUUGUUUUCUUGACACCACAUCUUCUGUAAAAACAGGCAUUUUGAAUAUAGACUAGGCGUUAUUGUCCUCUAAAGUAAAAUGCUCAACGUUCAAACUAACACUUUGGUUUUCCUUUGUCAGAAGGAUUUUGACUUAGACAAAAAAUCAUGUCAAUCCACUCUUUGAUAUCUUUGGUCUACGUCUGAUAUAAUGAAUGUUUUCCCCUCGUACACAGUGACAUUUGCAAAAACUUGUAUUAUUGUAUUAUUCUUGCAAGUUGUAUUUAUUCAUUUAAAUAUUGAAUUAUGUGCUUUGUUAAUUACUUCAUUGAAGCAACGUGUUCACAGGGGGGUUAAUGUCUAAAAGAACUGCUAACACUAACCCAAAGGAAUUGAAUUAUCAGCCGUGGUGAUGAAUAUGCUAUGUCAAAGGCAUUUGAAACUUUACAGUAAUACAAUUCUCAGGGAAAUACUAAAUACUAUGAAUGUCUGUCAGACUCAAAUUGAAGAAGGUUAUUAAAAUGUCUCAUCUUCCUGGCACAAAGGCUGUUGAGGCAUAAAUAAGGGAUUCCUGCUUUAAAAAAGUACAUAUUUCUACUUGUUUGAUGCUAAUGUAGUACAUACAUUCAACACUAGUGGGCACUCUUAGUCUUCCUACCGAAAUACAUCCCCUCAGCACUGCUGAGCCAAAUGCUGGUAGUGUGAUAUAAGUCGGUCAGAUAACUCCACUAGGGGUACCAUAACAAAUACACAUUAAGGGGAAAAACGCUUUAUUAGGAGAUCUGUUGUUGUUUUAGGUGGCAGGACAGAAUGCACACCACUCAGUCAAAGCACAGUUUUAUUUUUUUCCCAAAAGGCUUUGCAUUAUGCAUUGUAGGUGCAAUAUGUGUUUUACCUCUUGAUAAUUUGUUCAGGUUUUAUAUUCACAACACCCAAAAUACAUUAUGAAAUGUAAAACUAUUUAUUUCUUAUUUAUUAUGCAUUUAUUUAUUAGAUUAUUUGUGGGCUCCUAACAUGUAGGCAACACAUGAACUUUAUUGUAUUACUUAUCAAUACAGAACAGAUGAACUUUCACC